AUGCCGGAAAAGGAUUCGUAUGAGAUGAUGGAAUUGGAGAAGACUAGAACGGGAUCCGCGCUCUACGAUGACUCUUCGAGGAUGUACGACGAUCCGUAUAGGAUUACGGCGGAGCGGGGACUACAACUCGGCGAAGCGGCGGACAUGUACGGCGACGUGGAGACUGCUGAAGAACAUGGCUAUGUUACUCGCGGUCUCAAAUCGCGUCACAUCCAAUUCAUCGCCCUCGGUGGUACAAUUGGUACAGGUCUGUUCCUCGGUAUUGGACGAGCUUUCACCAUGGCUGGACCUCUCAGUCUCCUCCUCGGCUACACUUUCACUGGUGCCGCUGUUUACGCUAUGAUGCAGUGCCUCGGUGAAAUGGCGACAUGGUUGCCAUUACCCGGUGCUAUUCCACAAUUUUGUGCUAGAUAUGUGGACGGGGCAAUGGGCUUCGCUGUAGGAUGGAACAAUUGGUACACCUGUUCUCUUACCCUCUGCGCAGAAAUCUCGGCAGCAGCUGUUGUGAUACAAUUUUGGAACGGGGCUGUGGACAUUAACGUAGCAGCCUGGAUCUCUAUAAUCAUCGUUGUGGUCGUGGCCCUGAACAUAUUUGCCGUCUCCAUAUACGGUGAAGCCGAGUUUGUCUUCGCGAGUAUCAAAAUCAUCACGAUCAUUGGACUCAUCAUUUUUGCCUUCAUUAUUGACCUUGGCGGAGGGCCAACGCGUGACCGACUCGGGUUUCGCUACUGGAAGCAUCCUGGAGCUAUGAAGCCAUAUAUCGCGGACGGCAACACAGGUCGUUUCUUCGGUCUUUUCUCGACAUUGGUCAAUGCCGCCUACUCAUACGGUGGUGUCGAGACGGUAGCAGUGGCCGCGGGAGAAUCUGAGAACCCAAGGCGCAACAUACCAAAAGCUGUCCGCCGUGUGUUCUGGCGUAUCUUGUUCUUUUACGUCCUCGGCUCACUUGCCAUUGGUGUUCUUAUCCCAUACAACGAGUCACGGCUCCUGGACGCUAUCCACAACGGUUCUCCUGGAGGAGCCGCUUCACCAUGGGUCAUCGCCAUCUACCGUGCCAGCGUACCCGUUCUGCCGUCAAUCGUCAACGCUGUCAUUCUCACCUCAGCAACCUCAUCUGCCAAUGCAUUCCUCUACACGGGAUCCCGAUAUCUAUACGCACUUGCCCAGAACGGCCAAGCGCCGAGAUUCCUACUGACAUGCUCUAGGAAGGGCGUUCCAUACUGGUGCAUCGGCAUUACCGCCUCCAUCUCCUUGCUGACCUACAUGUCUUGCUCCGCCGGCUCCCAAUCGGUCUUCCAAUGGUUCCAAAACCUUACAGCGAUCACCGCAAUCUUGACCUGGAUGUCCGUCUCGGUCGCGUACAUCAGGUUCCAUAGUGCUCUGCGCGCUCAAGGCAUCAGCCGCGACACGCUCGUCUUCAAAUCACGCUUCCAACCCUACAGCGCCUGGUUCUCCCUCUCCUUCUUCGGCGUAAUUGUUUUUUUCAAUGGCUUCUACACGUUUCCCAGCAAGACGAAGAAAUUCGAUCAUAAGGACUUCAUCACGGCUUAUGUGGGCAUACCUAUAUACUGCGGGCUGUAUCUGUUCUGGAAGGUCUUCAAGCGGACGCGGUGGGUCAGGCCCGAAGACGCAGAUAUUCAAACUGGGAAGGCGGCACUGGACGCAGCGGAUGCGCAUUGGCCGGAGCGGAAAGCCAAUAAUUGGUGGGAGAAGAUCUGGUUCUUCAUUGUAUAG